AUGGCUCGAUCUGGCCGGCGGCAAGCACGUGCACAAGAGGACGGUGGCGAGGAAGCUGCGAAGGAAAAAAAGGCGCCUAGAAGCAACCCCAAAGAUCGAAAGUCUGGAGGGGACGAAAAGAGCGGACCUGAACCCUCUUCGAAAACUAAUACAAAAGCUGCUGGUGCCCGAUCUGAGCAUUCGCUGUACGACUUGCUGGGUGUGCCUCGCGAUGCCUCACAGAAGGAGAUUGCUUCUGCUUACAGACGCAGGGCUCUCUUGUGCCACCCAGACAAGAUCCGUCAAAGGCAGAAGGCGGGCAGCGGUGAGGAUAAGAAAGACGCGGAGAACGUAUCGGUAGAAGAAGCCACGAAACAUUUCCAGCAACUUCAGGCCGCCUAUGCCGUCCUAAACGACCCAAAGAAAAGAGAGCGAGAGACGGGGGAGGAGAGCCUCGAAGGCAAGUCCUAUGAGGAGGCGUAUGCCUUUUACAGGGAGAAGUUCCCGGAGGUGACAGAAGAAGCAAUAAAUGAAUUCAAACUCCGCUACAUCGGUAGUGAAGAGGAGAAAGAAGACAUUGAAGACUUUGUCAACAAGUUCGACGGCGACUUGUCCAAGUUUUUUGAAUAUGUUCCUCUUAGCGACCCUUCGGAUUGUAAGCGGUACAAAGAAGUGCUUUCCGGCCUUCUCAAAGCAAAGAAAAUCAAAUCCACUGAAAAAUACAAAAAGUCAUUCCGCGAAUUCGACGCUAUCGCCGAAAAGCACAAAAAACGCUUCGAGAAAGAGAAGAAUGCUGCACGUAAAGGCAAUGCCGGCAAGAAAGAGGAAGACAUGGCUGCCCUCGCUCUGUCCAUCCUUGUACGCGACUAA